UUGAAUUUCUUGAUCCUUGAGGACCGUCAAAGAGAAAUAAUUGAUCCACACUGCGAUGGCAUGCAGAUUGAAAGCCUGGAUGCUUUGCUCUCUGUUGCCAUUCAGUGUGUUUCCUCAGCUCCAGAAGAGCGGCCUACAAUGCACAGAAUGGUGCAAUUAUUGGAGUCAGAGGCUCCAUCCUCCCUCCGUGGUUCAUGCGUGUCCGCUAUUCAUGUCAUUGCCUAUAUUGUAUAUAACACAGCGGUCGUGAAUGGCAUGAAAGCAAGUUGGUUGCUUAUAGGUCAUCCGCAAGAUAGUGCAAAAGAAAAGAUGGCUGCAGUCCGUGCAUGGUUAUUGAUGGCAUUACUCGCAAGCAUUUGCUUGGUGAAAGAAAAUAAUGCAGAAGAUAUUGGUUACGGCACUAUUGGAAAAGGUGGUGGUGAAGUUCAUUGUGGAGUUGGACAUAAGGGGAAUUGUCGUCCUCAUGAAGCAGCGCCCUACCAUAGACCUUGCCAGAAAAAGGAUGGGUGUAGAGGAGAUCCACCGAACACGGAAAAGAUAGUUGAACAUGAUGGAAAUUUGCCGAAGCCCAAAGCAGGGAAGAGAAUUAAAGAUGCUGAACAGUUGCUUCACUCACUUGGGCCAACUCCCAUGUGAGUUUGUCAAAGUAUGCAAGAGAAGGAGAUAAAAUCUCUUUCCUCGUUAAAAGAAGAGAAGAAGAUCGAUGAAUUCUCGCACUUUGUCGAGUUAUGUUAUAUCUAUUUGUUGCAUGAUGUGUGUAGUACGUGUUGCUGGGUCAUUUUGUUUACAUUCUCUAAGCUACCUUCUAGGGAAGAUGAUGGCCCUACUGAAUUUCUUAAGCUUAAUUAGCCAAAUUUCUUCGCAUUAUGGAGGAACUUGGUUUGUGUCAUGUUAAUAGAGUGUUUCCUUUUUAUCAAUUAUGUAAUACUACCUUGAUCCACAAUAAAGUACUGCUUCCUCGCAGAGGCAGCUUAUUUCUUUA